CACUGCAAAUUGAGAGAGGUACUAAAUAUCAAUCAAUCAUGGGCUUCGGAACUGCAUUUACUGACUGCUGCAAUUAAUGUGUUUUCCCUUUCAUCAGAUGCUCAACAAAACCUCAUGAGGUCUUAUUUCACAUCCACUGGUAUCAACUUGAAUCUGGGAAGAGUGCCAAUAGGUGGAUGUGACUUUUCUGUACGUGGUUACACAUAUGAUGAUCAUGAAAAUGAUACACAGCUUACAAAAUUUAAUUUGACAUGGGAGGACUACAAUCUUAAGAUGCCUUUGAUUAAAUGGGCCAGGAAUCUGAGGAACCAAAACCUGAAAUUGAAAGCAGCAGCAUGGAGUCCUCCCAUACGGAUGAAAACAAAUUAUGAAUUCACAGGUUCUUCUCUUCUUCUGGACCAAUAUUACCAGGCAUGGGCUCAUUACCAUAUAAAAUUCCUUGAUGCCUACAAAGAAAAUGGUCUUGAGUUUUGGGCAAUUUCGACAGGAAAUGAACCAGCAACUGGAAUAAUUAAUAUACCAGGGAUUAAUUCACUUGGAUGGACACCACAAAGGCAAAGAAAGUGGAUUGUUGAAAAUUUGUUUCCUUCACUCCAUGCUUCCCAACACAGCAAUGUUAAGCUUCUUUUACUUGAUGAUCAACGUCUCUUUGUGCCUUUUGUGUUAGAUGAGCUUAUGCAAGAUGAAAGUAUGCAAAAAUAUGUUGAUGGUUUUGCUGUCCAUUGGUACUAUGAUCAAAUAUCUCCAGCUCGGAUAUUAAAUAAUACACAUGAGAAAUACCCCUCAAAAUUUAUUAUAUCAACAGAAGCCAGCAUUGUUACCGUUGGCCCAAAUGUCAACAGAGUGAGACUAGGUGACUGGUCAAAUGGUGAAGAAUACAUGGCAAACAUAAUAGAGGAUUUCACACACUGGGUUACUGGAUGGUAUGACUGGAAUCUGGCAUUAAACCAGGAAGGUGGCCCUAACUGGGUAGAAAACUAUGUUGAUGCUUCAGUUAUUGUGAAUGCGAAAAAUGAUGAAUUUUAUAAGCAGCCAUUAUUUUAUGCUAUUGGCCACUUUUCCAAGUUUAUUCCUGAAGAUUCAGUGAGGAUUAAUAUUGUUCCAAACAAUGAAAAUGGAAUUGAAACUGUGCCAUUCACAACUACAUAUAAUGCAACAGCUAUCAUUUUGUUCAAUAAGGGAGAUCAUAAUACAACAAUAUCAAUUGCAGACCCAGAUCAUGGCUACAUUACUCUUUCAAUUCCAGAAAGAUCUUUCAACACUCUAGUGUACUGGUAACAUACAUGUGUGGGAUUUUUAAUAAUGUCUGAAAUUUUUAAAAAUGAUGCUUCAAAUUGUUGAUGGACAUGGGAGAUUAAGAUCUCUUAUAAGACAGCUUAAAUUUGUUUUUUGAUUAUGGACUGAAGAACACAAUUAAUAAUUCAAAUAAAACUAUUUUGUUGUCCAUGUACAAAUAAGUUAAUGAAAUGGUGAUGUGUGUGUGGGUGUUUGUUUUUUUUAUUCUACACUCAGUGAGCUGAGACAGCAUGUAAACCAAAUGGUCAGUGCAAUAGAUUAUUAUUAUUUUAUCUUCAGUGCUUGUAAAGGCAUUUCUGAUGAACUGUCCUAUAUCUAAAGCUUUAAUUUCAAAUCAGCCAUCGUACAUUUUUGUGGUGUUACAACAGCCUCCUUUGAGACUUAAUUUAGUGAACUGCAUGUAGUCUGCUAAAUGUGAUAAAAUCUCUAAAAUAAACAUUUUCAAGUGGCAGAACAUUGCAGUAGUUAUGCAGAUAUGGAGAUAUUUGUGUGGGGUACGCUAAAGUAGAGAGCUGCUUCAAAACAAUUUUCAGUCCAAAGAUGAUAACAACAAGAAAAUUUUCCUUGACAUGCUAUCUGUACCUUUAAAUGGCUGUACAAUGCUCUUUGAUUUACAACAUGUAUAUCUGUGUAAUGCCUGGAAAAUUUGUGUUUUCAUAUGUAUUUACUGAUAUAUGAUAAUGAGUCACUAUACAGCUUACUGGAACAGCUUUUUUGUGGAUAAUCUUAUAACUUAUAGUAUAAUAUAUGGUAGCAUAUUCUGAAUAACAAAUGAUAUAAUUAUUUCACAGUGAAGUACAAUGCAAAGCAGGCUGCUGGUUGCAUUAAGCAGCAAUACACAUGUAAACCACUGUAUACAUUUGAGGAAGAGGUUACAAACCCUUGAAAAGCAUUUUGUAUUUUAAUAAAAAACAUGAAUGAUUGAUAA